CGAAUAAGUGAAAAUGGCACCAAAAUGGCUUAUACCGGCGUUGGCUUAUUUGUGUUUCGUGGAAGGACAAUCACAAUGUUCUACCGCUGACAACAAGAUCGGGGACUGCAGGAGUAUAUUGGAAUGCCCCCCACUCAGGGAAAUUGUGAACAAGCCACGCCUCACGCCAGACGAGAUGAACUUCCUCAAAAAGUCAGCAUGUGGAUUCAUCGGCACAAUACCAAAGGUGUGCUGUACAUCAUCCACUGAACAACCUCCUCCUCCCCCAACUGAGUCGACAACUUGCUUCACACCGGAGGGCAACCAGGGCCAGUGUAUAAGCGUUUUCCAGUGUGAACACAUUGCGAAGAGGUUGCAGUCCCCUACGGUCAGUGCUGAAGAUAAAGCUUAUGUUAACAGUCUUAGAUGUAUAAGCCGCAACUCCGGCUUCAACGUGUGCUGCGGGCCACCUCCAGGGCCACCGCCGCCGACCGGUCUGUGUCAACCUUCCGCGGCACCGCCCGAUCCUAGGACAGAAUGCUGCGGGAUGGACGGAAGCAGCGCUAACAAGAUUACCGGUGGAAACGCAACAGCCAUCGACCAGUAUCCAUGGCUGGCGAUCGUCGAGUACAAAAAGGACAACAAGAUCAAGCUGCUUUGCGGCGGCGUGCUCAUCUCCGGGCGCUAUGUGCUCACGGCGGGUCAUUGCGUGAAGGGGACAGUGCUUGAUGCAGGGACACCAACAAAUGUGCGUCUGGGUGAAUACGACACAUCUAACAGCGGUCCCGACUGCGUACCCGUAGAAGGUGGGGAUCCAGGAGAUAUGGACUGCACCACAGACCCGGUCAUCAUCCCCAUUGAGCACAUCAUUCCCCAUCCCGAGUACAAUCCGCGUAACCCGCUGAGGAGACACGAUAUCGCUAUGCUGAGGCUUUCACAACUUGCACCCUAUACAGAUUUUAUCCGGCCAAUCUGCCUGCCAACGAGGGAUGUAACCUCCAGCAUACCGUCCUCUGGGAAGUUAUUUGCAGCAGGCUGGGGAGCUAUCAAUGAAACACAUUCUAGCAGCAAAAUCAAGCUACACGUCGACUUGCCUUACACUAGCCUUGAGGAAUGUCAACCGGCCUACAACGUGCCCAAACGCCGUGUCACUUUGUGGAGCGGCCAGGUGUGCGCUGGCGGCGAGAAAGGCAAAGAUUCCUGCAAAGGGGACUCAGGAGGGCCUCUCAUGUACUCCGAGGGAUCCACAUUCGAGGUGGUUGGCAUCGUCAGUUUCGGCCCGACGCCGUGUGGACUAGAAGACAUUCCUGGAGUGUACACCAAAGUGUUUGAAUACUUGCCAUGGAUUAGAAGCAAUAUUCAGCCUUGAUUUUAGACUGACUUUAUGAAUAAGAACUGAUUAAACAUGGAUGCCAUAUCAUUGGUCAACAAUCUAUAUUA